UAACUUCAUUGAGUACGUCAUCGUCAGCGCGUCACGAAACACAUACAAACCGUUCGCGAAAACUCCAAUUUCCCAUAUAUAUAUAUAUCAAUUGUUCUAAAAAAAAUUGUUCAAAAAUGCCGAGUCAAGAAGUGCUCACGACAAAAGUUGUCGUUCAUCCCUUAGUUUUACUAAGUGUGGUGGAUCAUUUUAAUCGUAUGGGAAAAAUUGGCAAUCAAAAAAGAGUUGUUGGUGUACUUUUAGGUUGUUGGAGAGCAAAAGGUGUAUUGGAUGUCUCUAACAGUUUUGCAGUUCCUUUCGAUGAGGAUGACAAGGACAAAUCUGUAUGGUUUUUGGAUCAUGAUUAUCUUGAAAACAUGUUUGGAAUGUUCAAAAAAGUUAAUGCUCGUGAAAAAGUAGUUGGAUGGUAUCAUACAGGUCCUAAAUUGCAUCAAAAUGAUGUAGCAAUCAAUGAACUUAUCCGAAGGUAUUGUCCAAAUUCCGUUUUGGUGAUUAUUGACGCUAAACCGAAGGAUCUUGGUCUUCCAACUGAAGCUUAUCAGGCUGUUGAAGAAGUUCAUGAUGAUGGAUCUCCAACUUCAAAAACAUUUGAGCACAUCCCUAGCGAAAUUGGAGCAGAAGAAGCAGAAGAAGUUGGAGUAGAACAUUUACUCAGAGAUAUUAAGGACACCACUGUUGGUACACUUAGUCAAAGGAUCACGAAUCAACUUUUGGGCUUGAAGGGACUUCACGGACAAAUAAGAGAAAUUAGAGAUUAUCUUAUUCAGGUAGGAAACGGUAAAUUACCAAUUAAUCAUCAAAUAGUCUAUCAACUGCAGGAUAUUUUUAAUCUUCUUCCCGACAUGACACAAAGUACUUUUGUUGAUUCUCUAUAUGUAAAAACAAACGAUCAAAUGCUCGUUGUUUAUUUAGCUGCUUUAGUAAGAUCGAUAAUUGCAUUGCACAAUCUUAUAAAUAAUAAAUUAACAAAUCGAGAUGCCGAGAAAAAGGAAACCGAUAAGAAGGACGUGAAAAAAGAUGAGAAAAAGGAAGACGAAAAGAAGGACGAAAAAGAAAAAACAAAAGUGAAGUGAAAUUAAUUGAUUUAUGAAAAAUUAAAAAACACCCUCCGAUUAUUCGUGCAAUCGGAAAAAAAAUCUCGUAAAAUCAUGAACAAUUUAAAGUCAAAAAAAAAAAAAAAAAAACAAAAACAAAAUAAAUAUGUCCAAUCAUUUUUAAAAAGUCAAUCAGCUGUAACAAAAAAAUGUUUAGUUUCAAAAAAAAUGUUUGAACUGAACAAAAAUAGAAACAGCUUGAAAAAUGAAAA